CACACACACACUGGGAACAAAGACAGUCAGGCAAGCAAGGCAAAGCUGUGAAGAUUGAGGAACACUAAUCUACAAAUACUACAGUGUAUUACAAUUCAAGCCAACACUGGAAAUAAAUUCAACACUUACAAGAGUGUGCAGUGGAAACAGAAAAAACACAAGCAAACCAAAGAUCAAUUAUAGAGUCUACAUGCUGAGUAUGAGGAAGAUUUCUUCCAUUCUCAGGACAGUGAUGUUCUUGUCCCUGGUUACAAUCUCUAGUUGUGAACACUACUACAUUGUGCCGAUUAAUUCCACUGAUUUGUGCCAAGGUUAUCAAAACAACACAUGCUUCACUCUAGAGCAGCUCACUGACACAAACUUAUUUGUUGGAGUAGACAAUCUCACUCUCACACUCUCACCUGGUCAGCACAAGCUUGACAGGGUUCUUUCAUUGGAGAAUAUCAGCAAUAUUCAAAUAACUGGUCAGCACAAACUUGACAGAGUUUUUUCAUUAGAGAAUAUGAAUAUUCAAAUAACAGGUCAGAAUGAUUCAGUGAUUAGUUUUGUUGGGAGAAGUAGGAUUGAGAUAUCGAGAAUUGGAGAGUUGAACAUUGAACAUUUGUGUUUGAUUCAGGAAUUGUCAAACAAGCCAAUAACCUUCCAGCGUGGAUUGAAAGUCUCUAAUGUUGAUAAUGCUUUAUUAGCCGAUUGUCACAUCACUGGUUUUGAUCAUCUUAAGAGCAAUACAUCAGGCAUUUUUAACAUCACACAAACACACAAUUUAGAGAUAAGGAGCGUCAUAUUCGACACUAACACUGGUAGAGCACUCAAUAUACAAUCAGAUGUUGUUUGUGUUGAAGAUAGCCAUUUCACCAACUUGCUAGGUGGAGCGAUUACUGUGGAGUCAGGCAUUGCUAGUAUUACUAGUACACAGUUUAUAAACAACACAGCAUUGAAUAGGAUAACAUACUCUAAUUUGGGCAACGAUUUUUAUUCCUACGAUUAUUCCUACGAUUAUUCCUACGACACUGUUUUCUCUAAAAUUGCUCAAUUUGACGGAGCACUAUACAUACACUCAGGUGUUGUCACUAUUUCUAACACCAACUUCACAAAAAAUGUGGGUGGAGCCAUUCACAUUUACUCGGGAAGCACAUCUUUAUCUUACAGUAAACUAGCAAAUAACAACAAUGGCAGUCAUGAAUCAGACAAUGGUGGAGCAAUAUUUUCGUGGUCCGGUAAUGUGAAUGUAUCACACAGUGAGCUAACAAACAACAAUGCUGGUGAAAAUGGUGGAGCAAUCUCUUCUUACGAGGGUGAUGUAAUCGUAUCACACUGUAAAGUAACAAACAACAAUGCUGAUGUUGAUGGUGGAGCGAUCUAUUCUAAAGAGGGAGGUGUGAAUGUAUCACACAGUGAGCUAACAAACAACAAUGCUUAUUAUUGCGGUGGAGCGAUCUAUUCUUACAAGGGUGAUGUUAUCGUAUCACACAACAGUGAGUUAACAAACAACGAUGCUGGUUUUGAUGGUGGAGCAAUCUAUUCUAAUAAGGGAGAUGUUAUCGUAUCACACAGUGAGCUAACAAACAACCGUGCUGGUACUUAUGGUGGAGCAAUCUGUUCUUACGAGGGUGAUGUUAUUGUAUCACACAGUGAGCUAACAAACAACAAUGCUGGUGAUGAUGGUGGAGCAAUCUGUUCUUACGAGGGUGAUGUUAUCGUAUCACACAGUGAGCUAACAAACAACAAUGCUGGUAGAAAUGGUGGAGCAAUCCAUUCUUUCGAGGGAGAUGUGAAUGUAUCACACAGUGAGCUAACAAACAACAGUGCAAGACAAGGUGGAGCGUUAAUGAUGAGAUUCGGUAGACUGCACAUCUUCAACACAACACAGUUAACAAACAGAGCUGAUGAAGGUGGUGCCAUUCAUUUUGAAGGAGACAUUCUUCAUAUCACCCAAUCUUCAUUCAUGAACAACAGAGCCACUGACGGUGGAGCCAUUCACGCAAGACUUUGUGAUGUAUACAUUUCUGCUACAGAGUUAUCCAACAACAGUGCUGUUUCUGAUGGUGGAGCCAUUUUUUUUGCUGAAACAAAAACUGUGAAUCUUUUAAAUUUGCAAUUAGCUCACAACCGUGCCAGAACUGGUGGAGCAAUCUUUAGUUCGGGAUCGUUGAAUAUAACCGAUACGAAUCUGACAAGCAACAGAGCUGAUUCGGAUGGUGGAGCAAUUGAUAUUACCGGUGGAGAUACUUUUCUAAUCAACUCAGACUUGGCAAGAAACAGUGCUUCCAGCGGUGGAGCCAUUAAUAUGAAAAGUGCGAAAGUCCACCUCUCCAGCAUUCUCUUAGCAAACAACUAUGCGAUAAUUGGCGGAGCAAUUACUAGCUCUGGACGUUCACUCAAUAUGAUGUACACCAUCUUGACUAACAACAGUGCAGAAUCUAAUGGCGGAGCAAUUGCUAUCACUUCAGGAGAUGCACACCUCCAGACUGUUAUGUUAAAAAAGAACAAUGCAAGAAAUGGUGGUGCGAUUAUUACUUCAGCAAAUCAGUUGUACCUCUACAACUGCACUAUAUCUGACAACACUGCUCUCUCUGAUGGUGGAGCGAUAGAUAUUCGUGAAGGAUCAGGUGAUGUGCAAUUUAUGAACACCAAUUUAACAAACAACAGUGCAAAGCACGGUGGAGCGAUUUUCAUUAAUACAGGCAAUACAGGCAAUACGGUUUAUUGCUGCAAUACAAACAUACAAAAUAAUACUGCAAACUCCCAAGGUGGUGCUAUCUAUUUAACAAUCUCAACAGUUGCUAUGAAAAUUCAUGGAAACCACAGUGACAUCAACCGUACUGAAGGCAUAGUAAUCUUCAACAAUAAAGCAAAGUCCGGAGGAGGAAUAUAUUUAAGAGAAAGCACACUAAACGUACAUACCUUAUUGAAGGUGUUACACAAUACAGCACAUGACGGCGGUGGAAUUUAUUCAACUUUGAUAAGCAAUAUUAAAUUUUUACAGGGAGGAGAAGGAUUAAUUUCAAACAAUAAAGCAGAUCGAAAUGGUGGAGGAAUUUUCGCUACAGCUUCAUCUAUUCAAAUUGCAUUCUGCCAUCUCAAAAUAGAGGCAAAUAAAGCAAUGGCAAAUGGUGGUGGACUGUACCUAGAACAUAACACAGAUAUCAUUUUUGAAGCGUGCUCAACACGUAACUGUACUAAAACCAAGUUGGAAUUAUCACACAACAAAGCUGAUUAUGGGGGAGGAAUAUACGUAGAUGAUGACACCGCUAAUAGUGAUAUUUGUGAAGCUGCUACAGAAAUAGACAACCCUACAAACUUGUGCUUUAUUCGGACCCAUUACAAAAGAGAGGCCAACAAGAGUUCUAACUACAACAAAACCUUAUUCUCUAAUAACAUUGCAAUGGAGUCAGGAAAUGACCUCUACGGUGGUUUGCUGGACAGAUGCAUAGAACACCAAUCAUCUCCUGACAUUUUGAGUGGUUUAAAAUACUUUCAGGACACUGUAUCAACAAGACAAAGGAACAUGUCCAUAUCGUCUCGACCAGUUCAAAUCAAAUUUUGUGAUCAUAGUGAAGAAACUCACUCGCUCACUGUAUCCACAAGAAGAGGUCAAACUUUUGUAGUGAAUGUUCAGGCCAUUGACCAACUGGGAACACCAAUACAUGCAACUAUACACAGUACAGUGUCUAGCGGUCGCCUUGGUGAGGAACAGGCAGUUCGAGACAUUGCUAAAGGAUGCUCAAAAUUGAAGUACAAUGUUCUCUCCAAUGCCAGCUCAGUCCUAGUGGAGCUCUAUGCUGAUGGUCCAUGUACGAAUAUGGGAAUAUCAAAACGAACAAUCAACGUCACUUUUCAGCCCUGCGAAUGUCCCAUUGGAUUCCAAAAAUCUGAUUCCCCAACCAAUUGUAGCUGUGACUGUGAUUCAGAGUUAAAACAGUAUAUUGGAAAUUGCAAUUUGGAAAACGGAACAAUAGAAUUGCAAGCAAACGUGUGGAUUGGAAUCGAUGAUAAUAACACAAAUGGAACACCCUACAUUAUUCAUGAUUGUCCAUUUAACUAUUGUAAAGAGACACCAAUUAAAAUCAGUCUCAACGAGAUAGACAAACAGUGUGCCAACAAUCGAAGUGGUAUAUUGUGUGGAGAAUGUUUAGAGGGACUAAGUCUUGUGCUGGCCACCUCGAUAUGCAAAGAAUGCCCGAAUACUUUUCUUUUCCUCAUAAUUCCAUUUUCUCUUGCAGGCAUUGCACUAGUAAUAUUCCUGCUUGUAUUCAACAUCACCAUAGCAACUGGAUCAUUUCAUGGUCUCAUUUUCUUCACAAACAUGCUAGCAACAAGUAAGGAGAUAUUUCUUCCAUUCAUCACCCCAAACUUUCUAACUGUUUUUACUUCGUGGGUGAAUCUUGACGUGGGUAUCGAAACUUGCUUUUUUAAUGGAAUGAAUUCUCAAGAAAAGGUGUCACUACAACUUGUUUUCCCCGUUUACAUAUAUCUUCUGAUAUUUAUCAUAAUUAUUCUUUGCAAGUACUCCAGUAGAUUCUCGAAAUUGCUCUCCAACAGAAACCCAGUUGCUGUUUUAUGCACACUUAUCCUACUCUCCUACUCCAAGCUUCUAAGAAUGAUCAUCGCUGUAUUGCAGUACGCUGUUAUUCAAUAUCCUGAUGGCAGAAAUGAAACAGUUUGGUUGUAUGACGGUAAUGUGCAACAUUACACUAUCGUCUUUCAUUUCGUUGCUACUGCCGUUAUCCUCAUUGUAGGUGGACUGUUCACUGUGCUACUUCUCUUUGGACAAUGGUUUCCUCUCUGUUCUAAACUGAAGAUCAUGAAAUGGACCAAGAACACAAUAUACACUGGUUUUAUGGAUGUAUACCAUGCUCCAUUCACUCCCAAACAUCGCUACUGGAUGGGACUCCUCCUCUUUGCUCUCAUCUUUCAGAAUGUGAUUGCGGCCAUGCCUACAGACAAAUUCACCCCUAUUAUUUCAGCCGGAUGUAUUGCACACGUGCUUAUCUUUCUUAAACUAGUGCUCAAUCCAGUUUACAAGAAUUGGAUCAUGGACUGCUUGGAAACAUUUUUCCUGCUAACUCUCAUAUUUCUAUCAUACGGCACAUCCUAUAUUGGCAAUGAUGGUGAAGAACAACGUACACUAGCCAAUGUUUGCAUGGCAGUAGCUUUCAUUUUGUUUGUGGUGAUCGUCUACUACCACUUUCACAAGUUCAUAAUGAAGACAACCAAAACAUGGCUGAAUGUUGCCAUUCUAGCUUAUGGAAUAUCCAAUUUUAACAUUGCAAAGCCCGACCAAGAUAAAGCACAAGCACCCCCACCCCCACAUACUAUAUUAGCCACAGUUUCCAUGGUGUUAGCGCUAACUAUCGUUACAGGAACUGCUAGCUAUCACAUCUGCAUCUACCUACUGAAAGAUCGUACAGAAGUAUGCAGGAAAAUUACACAACUAGUGAAUGCUUUCAAUAAAAUACAAGACGUGAAAAUUGCACAACAUAAUAAAAACAAGAAUAAUAAGGAGAUCACUGAAGAGGAAUUAUUUGAAUAUAAUCAUCAGAGGGUCGUUAACGCUACACCAUACACUGAUGGAGCCCGAAUGGAGCCACACCCUGAUCGCUACAUCACUCCACCCAUUGUCAGACCAGCCACGAAGCUCGACCAGUUGAGAGAACCUUAUCUGGACAUACUAGCCCCUAUCACAGACGAUGACUAUAAACAAGCCCCUCCCUCUCCUCCAGCCAAUAAUCGCCCACAGCCCACAUACACAGUCAUUGAAGCUUUACUUUGACGUACAAGAUUCUUAAAAACAAAUGCUUAGUUAUACAGUGUAGAAACUAUUAUAGAUGGUUGUCUUAUUUGCGUGAUUAUUAUAUCGAAUAGACACAGACUACACCCAAUGAUUAUUAGUGCACUCUUCCUGAAAAUAGAGUUAAUCAUCGAGGCACAACUAAUAUGCUAAUCAUACCUUGAAAGUAUGACUUACCACGACAAGCAUUCAUACCAUAACAGGUAUACUAUAGAUCACGUAC